AGCACUGUGUCGAGAUGUUAACCGUCUUAAUAUGUUUUGUAUGGAGGAAGGUUAGUUAUUUUUAUUUCAUAUAACAGAUUGCAUCCAUUUGAGUAAAACUCCGUCCUAAAAUGUCUUUUUUCCCUCUUAGUAACGUCUGAUUAUCGGAAUCGUUAUAUAAUAUUCUCUUUAUCCCUCUUAUUAUGUUGAUACUACCUUUUCAAAAGUGUUGUUAUCUUUCUGUCUAGUGCUUCUUCCAAUAUUCUGUAGGAUUUUUAAAGGUCAAUAAAUUGAUUUUAUUGUUAAAUGAAUUGUAUGUAUAUCCACACGAUGAUGCAUCAUUUUAGACUUACAUAUUUUAUUUCGUUAAAGUUUUGGUGCAUGGAAAAGAAAUAUGUUCUUACGUCCAUCCUAUUUUUAAAUGACAAUUUUAUUGAUUAUUUACAAGCAUUUACAUAACUAUGGAAUAAAAGUAACGCAUUCACUAAAUAAGUGAAUAACUUUAUUUGUAGGUGUUUUAGGUUCCUAUGAAGACGACUCGGAAAUGACGUGUUUUUGUAUUUUGUGUUUAUUCGAGCCUUGUGUUGCUGGAUGCACAGAUGCCGUGAGCUUAUAUGCUAUAGGAGGCGUGAAGAUGAAACACAACGGAACGUUUGUGAACAAUGCAACAGAUUGAAGGGUAAAAUUUGUGAACUCGAGGAGGAAAAGCGAAAGCUCGAGGAUGAAUUAAAACUCUGUCAACUAGAUUUAAAAAGGACAUUAGAAAGUUAUUCAAAAGAAAUUUUCGAGCUUAAGGACAAAGAGAGAGAAAGAAGAGUUGUUUCUGCUGCGUUUGAUGGAGUUGAGGAUAUGAGCGAUCCUUUCUCAAAUGCAAAACUGGCGAAAAAAUUCGAUGAAAUAAAAGAUAAAGAAUGGUAUACUUUGUUUAAAAAACUGUUAGAUAGAGAAGACGAAAUUGACGCAAUAAAACGAAUAUCAGCUAAUGCUAAGGAAGCGUACAGAUUGUGCAAGGAUAACAUGCAGUCUACGGAUUACAGAAAGCAAAGAGAAUACUUUAAAAAAGAAGAAAACAGACAUUCUGAGACAGAGACAAUCAUUGAAAGCAUGCUCCAAGGCGGCAAACCAUCCUAUUUUAGUGAUGAACUUCGGCGAUUUCUCCUUGUAUAUGUUGAUAUCUGCUUACUUCUGAUCAUCGCUCAACCUGAAAUCAGUCUUGAGUUUGAUGUUGUGGGCCGAAAACUUACAGGAACACCGAAGGAAAGCUUUUCUGCAUAUUGUCCACAAGACGUCAUAGAAAGACCCGAAGAGGUUGACACUAUUUUAGGAGUAGUCUGGCCAGAAUUAAACGAUCACCAUGGUGUGCAUAAAAUGGGACUGGUUGUUCUAGUGGAUAAAAGAAUUGAAGAUCGCCCCGUUGGCUUGUUUAGAAAACUCGGGCUUCUACAAAGAAAUGUAUUAAUUGAUAUAUUUGAAAGAAAAUGAAAUUUCUGGUAAAGUGCAAUUUGUUCAAAAAGUAAAAUCUGUCUAUCUGUCUAAUCUGACAGAUUGACAUGUUCUGAACGAAAACCUGUAAUUUAAAAAAAAAAACAGAAAUCAGCCACUGUUAUGGAGAAAUCAACAUGUGUUCGUGUGUAUAUAUCAUAAUUGAGAUAGUAAAUCUUAAAGAAGACCGCUUCUUAAAACAAUAUAAGAACAAAUUACAUAAAAAGAAAAAAACAUGCAGUGAAUGAAAUUUAAUUCAAAAAGACCUUUUCAAGAAAUAGUCCUCAUGGCAACGUUGUCGUUAAACCCCAAAUUGUGUGUGUGUGUGUGUGUG